AUGAGGCCAACGAAUUAUUGAAGGGCAUAUGAGCCCAGCGACUAUCUCCUGCUCACCACCGAUAGAUAUUACUCAGGCAGACUUGAGCGGCGAGUGGUGGCGACGAUGCAGUUUUUCGGCGGAUUAACGGCGGCAGAGAUGUCCCCAUCUCCGGCGGCGCCACCUGGCACCGCAACUGGACUUGCGGGAAACAACGCCAACAUGCUUUACAUCUUCAACCGGAACGGGGUAUGCUUGCUCAACCGGGAAUGGCAUCGACCUCUCCGCACUCUCGACGCCCAGCAAGAUCAGAAGCUCAUGUUCGGUCUCCUCUUCUCCCUCCGAUCCUUCACCGCCAAGAUGGAUCCUACUAGCGUUGACAAAGGAAAUCUCGGGGUUCCACUUUUGCCGGGACAAGGAUGUUCUUUCCACAGCUUUAGAACAAAUACUUACAAGCUGAGUUUGAUGGAGAGCCCGUCUGGUAUAAAGCUUAUCCUUGUUACACAUCCAAAAACUGGGGAUCUUCGUGAUGCAUUGAGGUAUAUGUACAACUUAUACGUGGAGUACGUUGUCAAAAAUCCGCUUUAUGUUCCUGGAUCUCCAAUCAGGUGCGAACUUUUCAAUAUGAAUAUUGACCAAUAUGUAAAGACACUGAUUUAGCAACCGGAGGGCGGAAACCUCACUAUUGGAAGAUUUAACAUCAGUUUCUUCGCUUGCUCUUUAUAUUUGUGCAUUAUUUCUUCUUUUUGAUAGACUGAAAACUUCAGGUUGCAGUUGAUUGAAGAACUUCAAUUUUGACUUUUCUGACAAGAUCAAUGCUCUACUUUCUGCACCAGGAAAAAAAAAUCACCAGAUGUAAAAUCUAACAUGUCCGGGUUGCUUAAAAUUCAUGUAUAUUUGGGCAGAAUCCAUGAAAUCAUGAUAUCAUUAUUACGAAAAAUUAUUUCAUACAUACAUUGCAUAUAUACACCGCAUGCGGUGCCCGAUCUCUAUCGUCGAUAACCGCAAAUAUGUAUUUCAGUGGGCUCCACUUUUAACUUUUUUUUUU